GAUGCGGCUUUUAAUGUUCCACGUAGCUCCCACUAAUUUCCGACGUUUUACAGUAAAUUCCGUGUUUUCAGUCACUUAGUUUGAAAGAAACUGUCGUAAUGGACAUGUUAUAGUUUCUCUAUUGUCGUAAUCUUGAUGACAUUCAGCUACGUAGUGCGGCAAGGAGCAAUGAAGAGGAUAACAUUGCAGUUCUGCAGAAUUAAUCCCUUUCAUCCUCAGCUGACAACAUGAUCUUUGACGAAAUGCAAUUUGUAAAAAAAACGUGUCAAAAACUCAAUACCAUAUAAAGCUUCGGUAUUCCCAGCAUUAUAUUCCAGUUGUUGUGAUGAGCGCUCAGUGAGUCAUGCGUUGUCCGACUGGUCAGGAAGGCAUCAAAAGGUCAUGCAUGUGGCUGGACCUCUAGCCUAUGCUUUGUACACGCAUGCCCUAGAGCCAGUGUUCUUCCGGUAGGUGGAGGCUCUUCCUCCCUCAAGCCUCCGUUUCUCCCCACUGCCCCAUCAGCCCCAGAAUUCCCUAUGUUAACCCUCUUGAGCAUGUUUUACUAUAUCUGUCUGCGACGACGUUCCAGGAGUGGGACUCGAGGUGAGGCUCUGACUAGUAGGCGGGCUGUGGAGUCCGGCCAGCGAGCGGUGUUGCCGGUCAGUGUGGAGGUUGAGCAGUAUGCCAAAGAGGUUCUGGACUUCAGCUCCCACUAUGGCAGUGAGAAUAGCAUGUCCUACACCAUGUGGAACCUGGCCGGGGUGCCCAACGUCUACCCCAGCUCAGGAGACUUCACUCAGACGGCUGUAUUCAGAGCUUAUGGGACGUGGUGGGAACAAUGUGCCAGUGCUCCACCACCUUUCCGCCGCACCCCAAAAGGCUUCCACAGCCAGGAUUAUAUCGAACUGGGUUUCGAGGAGCCUGUCUAUCCUACAGCAGUGGAUGUGCUUGAGACUUAUUACCCUGGAGCCAUUGUCCAGAUUCUGGCCUGCUCUCACAACCCCUUCUCCCAGAACCCACCUACUGAUGUCAGGUGGGAGGUGCUGUGGUCAGGGGAGCCCACCAAGGUUCUGACACCCCAGGCACGUCAGUUUUCCCCUAACAUCAAACACAUCAACUUCCCUACCAACCUGCUACGUCUGGAGGUCAACAGCUCUCUGCUGGACUACUACACCGAGCUGGACGCUGUAAUCCUGCGUGGAGUGAAAGAGAGGCCCAUGCUCGCUCUCUAUAAGAUGCCCAUCAUCGACAUCAAUGACCUGAGUGACAGCGAGGAGGAGCUGUCUGAUCCAUUCAGACAAGGAGGAGACGGCAAGCAACAGAGGACAGGCAACGGCUACUUUGACAAACUGCCCUAUGAGCUCAUCCAGCUGAUUCUGAGCCACCUGACCCUGCCAGACCUCUGCCGUCUGGCCCAGAGUUGUAAGCUGCUGCACCAGCACUGCUGCGACCCGCUGCAGUACACCCAGCUGAGUCUGCAGCCCUACUGGGGCCGGCUGAGUGACGCCUCCUUGGGACACCUGCAGAGCCGCUGCACGCUCCUCCAGAGGCUCAACCUGUCCUGGACCGGCAACCGCGGAGCUCUCACCCUGACCGGCUUCAGCAGCUUCAUGAAGGACUGUGGUCUCAGCCUGGGCUGCCUUGAGCUGUCGUGCUGCCACUUCCUGAACGAGGCCUGUCUGGAGGUCAUCGCUCAGACUUGUCCCGGGCUGCAGGAGCUCAACCUGUCUUCCUGCGACCGCCUCCACCCGCAGGCCUUCACACACAUCUCCAAAAUGACACGCCUCCGCAGGCUGGUGCUCUACCGGACCAAGAUAGAGCAAACAGCUAUUCUGAGCAUCCUGACUUUCUGCAUAGAGCUGAGACACCUCAACCUAGGGAGCUGUGUGAGGAUUGAGGACUAUGAUGUUGUGGCCAGUAUGCUGGCUGCUCGCUGUCGCUCACUCUGCUCGCUGGAUCUGUGGCGCUGCAGAAACCUGACUGAUCGAGGCCUGGCCGAGCUCGUCUCUGGCUGCAGGAUGCUGCAGGAGUUGGACCUGGGCUGGUGUCCCACGCUGCAGAGCAGCACCGGAUGUUUCCAGCACCUCGCCCGCAGCCUGCCCCGCCUGCGCAAACUCUUCCUCACCGCCAACCGCACAGUCGGCGACUCAGACGUAGAGGAGCUGGCAACCAGCUGCCCCUCACUGCAGCACCUCGACAUACUGGGUACACGGUUGGUGAGUGCGGCCUCGCUGAAGAAGCUCCUCCAGUCUUGUCCUCGACUUCUCCUCCUGGACGUCUCCUUCUGUUCCCAGAUAGACAUGCGGGUCGUCCAGGAGCUCUCUGGCCUCUUCCCCAAUGUGGCCAUCAAGAAGAGCUUCACUCAGUGACCCCAGCGGCACCUCAUUUCCCAGAGUCCAGAGGAAGUAAAGGAGGGAAGUACUCGCCAGCAGACACUGCCCCAAAGUGAAUAAGAGGCAGGUUAGAUGCUGUGGGAGAUUGCUGACCUGCCUGCGUCUGUAUCACAGACAAGAUCUUCUUUUAGCGCUCGGUAAACAAAGCGGUCGUUCUGGGUGAGGAGGUUCUUUGGAUUAACAACUACAGACUCCCAGUCACAGGAUUAUAGAACGUGAGACUUUUUAGUUGUUGUUUUUUGGACACUUGAAAUCAGGGUCGUUGCAGUAAAGCCGCUCCAUCUUCCCAGAAUCUGUAUCACCACUUGUUUAUUGCCAAGCAACACAAGGCGAAGAAAUAUGCCUUGGUACAGGGUGCAAAACACAAAGCAAAAACAUUUGUGAGCACUCCUCCCCUGAACAUCUUGUUAGGACAACGAUAAGGGACAAAUGAAAUGAAAAGGUGUGAAACAAACCCUCAUUGGAAACAGUUGGAAAGGAUUUGUUGGUCACAUCUUUGUGUUAGCUGGUAACGUUAUCAAAGAUCAGGGCCUUGGUCAGUGCCUUAUCAGAAUGUGCAGCAAUCAUGCUGGCUGCUUUAAUGCAUCAUUCUGAAGGCGUCUGUCAAGCCAGUUUGACUUUAUUAUGAAAAGCAUACUUGAUGCUGUUGUGUUUGAAGGCAUCAGGAGCUUUAUGGGUGAAAACAAAGGAGUUAACGCCGCUUUAUUUCACAUCGUGUGGAUCGCAAGUUAUUUGUUGCUGGAUCUCAAGUAGAAAAGAAACACAGCAUCACCGACAACAUGCUUUCAUCAGAAACUUAUGUGCGAACUUGUGAAAAAGCAGACUGCAAUUAAUUUUAGACAUGCGCUAUAAUUGACAGAAGUAGAAAAGAACUCCCAGGCCAACAACACACUGACUCAUUUUAAAUAAAAGCACUGAACACAGACAAAACCAAGAGAUAUACAAUUCAUAAGGAUACAAUAUGAAGAAAAGCUGCAAAUGAUUAGAUUAUCCAAAGUUUGUGAUUCAUUUUCUUUUGAUUGACUCAAUUAAUCGACGAAUGAUUUCAGAUCGAAUUGUCAUUGUCAACAAGGCAGGUCUGAUGCAGCAAAUCUAUGAAGACAUUUCCUGAUAGCCGACUGUUACCACGGUAAAUGUGUUCCUGUCAGUGUUUCCCUACAGAUGGAUAUGAUCAUGAUAUAUAUAGAAACAGGCUUUGAUUGAGAUUGUGGCAUGGUAGGUCCUUCUUUAUCCAACAUAUUCACAACCUACGCUAAACUACAUUUGACACUUUAGUUGGAUUAUCAGAGAAAGUCCCCAGAUGUAACGUGCAUGUUCCAGGUCUGUUUCUGUUCAAACCCUUUAAAUGAAACAGGUGUUUGGUCGAGGUUAUUCAACAGCUUACUCUGGCCAAGUAAGAAAAAAUAUCAGGUCAGAUGUAUAAGUCGGCCAUGGCCAAAGUUAACAGUACUUAGAUGACCGGAGAGAUAAUUGUACAGGUCAUACAGAUCAUUGUUUUUGGCUGUGUCAUUUUUAGGGGAAUAAUGAGUGAGUUUCAAAAGUCACCGGUUUCUCGAUGCUUUCAGGAUGUUGCAUGCUUUUCCUGUUUCCUCUCACACGGAGGUGUCUGUCACUGCUGUUUGACUGCUUAUGUAUUUACCUAGCAGCUCCAGGAAGGAGGGAGUGCUGUGGAUUAAGUUGAGGAUAAUAUGUUAAACAGUGUAAGUACUCUGUGUGACCUCAGUGUUUGUCCUGAAACUCAGGGGUUUUAAUAUUUCAUCUGGACUUUUCAUUUCUUUUCUUUACACAUAUUUUGCUCUAAAAACCAGCACAACAGGCAUCUUAAGAGACCGAGUCAGCGUUGAGGUUCUUCAGUGUUGCUCUUAAACCACAAACACACGUGAAGUAACCGAGAGCGAGGAAGAUGAUAUCUUAUAUUGGGUGUGGAAUGUCACAGGGUUUGUAUGAUUGUGAGAUAUACUGCUGUCCCGGAUUAUUUCAUUUUUGUAAUAUAUGAAGCCACAGUUGCAAUGUUGCAUUUCUUCUUUUAAGUUUUCUUUUAAGCACAUGCUUCUAGUCUAUAUUUGUGCCUUAUACUCCUGUUUGAAUGUGCUGUGGUGUCCAUGUGGUUUAGCUUGUAGUGAAGUGCUUUGCUUUAAUGCCCUUCUACCAAAGUGAUUAGCAGAAAGCUGGUCUUGAAUCCCACGACUACUGAAUAUUUGACCUGUUUAAAUGCCAUAUACUGUAUAUCAGCUAUGGUAAUUAAUAUGCAAAAUAUUGUUUAUUUAUUCUUCCCUGUGUUAUAAAAUCGUUAUUUAAACAUGUUAUCCUUAUAUACAGAAACACGAAUGAGAGGAAUGAUAUUAACUUCUCAUUGCAUUCAGUACAAGUUUAGCCUAGCUUAGCACAAAGAAGAGUUUUGUUUUGUUCAUUCGAAGCUUCCGUUGAGGUUUUCAUACGAAGCAUUGAAUGUCUGCCGUCAUAUUUUAUGACAAAGAAAAGAAAAUCCUCAAUUUCAAUAAUCAGCAAUCUUAAAAUGCUUCCAGACCUGCUUGUUUUUUUUGACAUAAAGUUGCCAAACGUGUGCAGAAACAUAAUAUGCUACUCUUUUUGAACAGCUUCAGUAACUUACUAUAAUAAUGUUAGAGCUGUCACUAGACAUGCCUGUUAUGCAGCUGCAGGCCUCCUUUUGUUUGCAGAAAGCAGCAAACGAUUAUUUUCACUGCCUUGGAAAUGCUGUUUUUUAAAUGCUAAAUGCCAACAAAUAUGAAUUUAAGUAAUUUUAUAAAUUAUGACAUCUAUCUUUUUCAAUAAGUUUAAACUUUUGGAUGUUACAAAGCUCCUUAGUUAUUGGAAAUGUUCGGAUCACAGAAAUCCGAAACAAUCCUCCGCUGCCACUCCUGGAAUCUAAUUCUACAAAUAAUAUAAUAAUAAUAAUAAUAAUAAUAAUAUUAAUGUAGCCUGAUCUUUAUCUGCAACUGUGCACACAUACCAGGUUUAAGCAGAAUGGAUAGACAUGAAAAAAAGAAGAAGAAGAAGCUGUCAUGCAUCCGAAUGUUGAUUUAGAAUUUGAAUGUCAACGUUAUGAAUGAGUCUUCAAACCUUUGGGUGCAGCCCUGUUAGUGACCAGUACGAUGCAUUGUGUGAAUACGUUGUUACGCUGUUGUUAAGCAACGUACUGUCAAAUUGUGGGGUUUUAAAUGCUGAUUUGGAUAUUUCAUUUUUUAAGAGAUAAUAUCUUUGGAUGUCUGUUUUUAGGCCUCCACAUAAUUUAAUGUAUAAUUUAAGUAUCGAGGAAUGUAUCGUUCCUCACCAGAAUGAAGGGCGUUGGAGAAAUGUGUCCUCACGAAGCUCUGCAUUUCUAAAAUCCUAGCCUCCCGGUCUUUGUGCUAAGCUAGGCUAACUAUGCUACUGGAUGCCCAGAGUUCAAAUAAAUAUCAACCUUAUAAAUCUAAUCAUGGCUUUGCUCGGAAACCCACAAAUGCUGUACUGCCACAUUACAAUUGCAUUUUCUGUUGAAGUUGAUAUGUUUUCAGUUUGUUUUCAGUCUGUUGUGUUUUAAACAGAAUGGGUGUGGUAAUUAUCACACACCGGCCCUCCCAUUCAGACGAUGCCAAUAUGACUUCAGAGAGGUAAAAUGAAGAUGAAAGCAAUCUUAUUCUAGCUGGUGGGCUGGAGGCCAAGAAAGUGCGUACAUAACAUUGUCCCACCCAAAUCCAGGCGGUCAUUUCAAGAAUAUUUUGAGAAUUAUUCCUUCACAAAUGACUAUAGCAACACAAUGAAUCCUGACCAUGUAUAGUGUGUACAGCAACUAUCAGCAACAGCGUUUGUUUGUUAAGGCAGACUAUUUCUAAACUGUUUGACAAAUGAAACCGUUUUUGUUCCAAUAUUUGUGUUCUUUGAGCCCCCGAGCUGGAGUGAGUGGGACGGCCCAGCUUCUCUGUAAUGAAUAUGCAUUCUCUCUUCUCCCGCUCUGGAUGUGCGAUCGACCUUUGUGCCAUUGGUUGGACAUGCAGCGAGUGUCCCUGUGCUGCGGUGUGGAAGCCACUGUUGUGUGAAAAGAUUGUGCCUCUGUCGUGAUGAAACUGGGCGCUUCACUUUCACCAGAUUUUAAAUAAACUGAAAGGCUGAUGACUGAUA